CAGCACGUACGCCAAGAGCGUCGCGGAGAGCACCAUGGUACGCUCUGAGGCCGCACACGACGGCUCGGACGUCGAGGUCCCCGACGUGGACACGAUGCCGCCCUUGCCGUCGCAGUACGCGUCGGCCCCCGGUUCCACUGCAAUGGCUGGCGCAUCUCACCGUCAUCUCUCCACCGCCACAUUUGCGUCGUCCGGCUCGAGCGUCUCGAUGGACUACGUCCUCAGCAGCAAGAUCGUCACACCCCUCACACCCGGCUCGGCCAAGCGGGUGCAGGUCGCCAACGGCGGCAAGCCCGAGCUCGUGCGCUCGUUCAGCGGCAACAGCAAGGGCAAAGUCCGCAGCAAGCGGUACAACUCCAACGCUGCCACCGCCGGCAGCAGUGUUGGCGACGAUGACGAGCAGGGCGGCAUGACGCCCACCUCGUCUGAGCUCGCGCACGGCGGCGCCGAUCCAUUCGACGACGAGGCCGCCGUACGCGCCAGCAUGGACGAACCUGAACCCCGCGCUCUCAAGAACUCCGGCCCAAUGGUCGUUCAGGGCUCCGGCGCGGCGAGCAGCAACCCUCGUGCUGCCACAGCAGGCUUCUCGCGUUCCGACAUGGGCCGGUCAGGCACCACCACCGCAUCGUUUGGCAUCCCGAUUUUUGACGGGAGCCAUUACGCGCAAGGCCUGCCGCUGCACUCGUUCAUUGACCCGCGCAGCGGGAGCAGCGCCGCCCUUGACGCGAAUCGCCCCUCCUGGUUCGACGAGGACGGCGAUUUGGUCGACGCUACCGAGGUUGCCGCGCCUACCGUGCCCGGCGGCGCCGCACCUUCAGUCAGCGGGCGCGCGGUGCGCGCGCGCAACAACUCCGGUCCCCACCACCGUCCGGGCAAGGAUGUUCGGCAGAGCACCGCCAGCUCGAUCGGCGGUCUGAGCGUGUUCGACGGCAUCCCGUUCCAUCUCGAGCACGGAGAGAUGCCCGCCAACGCUGCCGAGGCCGUCGUUGCCGCGCGUGCGCACCAGCAGCAGCGCGACCGCGAGCAGAUCGCACACAGCGCUGCCCGCUGCUCACUCGACACGGAUGCUGGCGACGCAGACUUUGCACCGCCCCCGCGCUACGCUCCUGCUGCUGGCCCUGCCAGCGGUGUGCUGCGCGAUGAAAAGGAACAGGGCAGUGGCCAUGGCAUUCCCUCUGCUGAUACGGCAUUCAGCGGUAUCACAACGUUCGAGCCGUCGACGGGCAAUGCUACCGCCGGCACCGGCAAGUCAACCACAAGCGGGUGCUCGCAGUCAAGCGCGGCUACCGCCAUGCCCCGCCUCGGCACCCCGCUCAAGGCCGACUUGGAAGGCGCGCCGACGACGACGACGGCCUCCGUCUAUUCGAUGCCCAGUGCAGCGCCGACGACCGAGGAGAGCCUUCGGACCAGCUCGACGAACACGUCCGGCCCGAGCAUCAGCUCCAGUCAGGCAACUCACGGGUCGAGCAACGCUGUGCGCGUCAACUUGCCGCCACGCAUCAACGAGGGACUGGAUGAGUACAGCCCUGAGCUACCGGGUCUGCAGUGACGGAGUCAUAGCGGCGCAUGCACCGCAAGGCGCGACCUUCCCUGCGCAAUCGCAGCUGUGCGCGCCCGUCCUAACGAAUACCAAGCAGUCUCUCAUCACUAGUUUCGCUUUCUCCCCCAUAUGGUCACGGGUUGUUCCUAAUGGACAUGCUCAUUAUCCAAAGCUUGCGUUCGACGCUUGGGUUUCUGCCCACCAAGGUCGUACUUCUGUAGUCUAUUA